UUGAUUGUAGCUAACAGGUAAUAAUGUGAUAAUAUCACGCAGCAAAGAGAGCAAGGAGAUAUAAAAAGAGUCUCCUCACACCGUACAAAUGAACAUUGUUGCUCAAAAGCCGAAUCUCUUCACCAGCUGUCAAUUUCAGCCUUGAUAAAAUAUGUCUGGAGGUCUGCUGUCAGUGAUUUGUCUGCUGUGUCUGCUGUCUGUUUGCUCGGCCUGUUACAUUUCCAACUGCCCCAUCGGUGGCAAACGGGCCGUACAGGAUUGGCCGUCUCGACAGUGCAUGUCAUGUGGUCCUGGCGAUCGUGGUCGGUGUUUUGGUCCCAGUAUCUGCUGUGGUGAAGGUAUCGGCUGUUUGGUGGGCUCUCCAGAAACGCUCCGAUGUCUGGAGGAAGAUUUUCUGCCUACUCCAUGUGAAGCGGCUGGAAAAGUGUGCGGUUAUGAAGGACGCUGUGCUGCUCCAGGGGUCUGUUGUGACACAGAGGGCUGCAGUGUCGAUCAGUCGUGUGUGGAUGGAGAUAGUGAUGGUACGGCCGCCGGUCAGCCCGCCACUAGCCAAGAUCUACUGCUGAAGCUCCUGCACCUGUCAAGCCACGCCCACCCCUACAGACUCCACCAAUGAAAUACUCACAGAGGAGUGACAUCGUCUCAGGAGGAGCCCGCCCAGCCACCAACCAUCAUCGACCUUUUGUAAACCAACUUUGUAUAGCCACUAGAUAUUUGUAUGGCUAAUAAAUAGCAGCAGAUAUUAGUAGAACUGUAUUGAUGAUAGCUUGACUGUACGCUUGUGCAGCUAUUAAACUAUUAAAGAAUU